ACGAUGGAUAGUCUGAGCCUCUCCGUGAACGCCGUCUCCUACACGGCGGCGGCUGAGCUGGCCCCCGGCGAUGACCCCUUCAGCGGACCCAUCCAGGGCAUCGAGCCCUGGCACUUCACCGUCCUGGCCGUGCUGAUGUUCGUGGUCACCUCUCUGUCGCUCAGCGAGAAUUUCCUCGUCAUGUUCGUCACUUACAAGUUCAAGCAACUGCGGCAGCCGCUCAACUACAUCAUCGUCAACCUGGCCAUCGCGGACUUUCUGGUCUCGCUCACCGGUGGACUUAUAAGUUUCCUCACCAACUCCCGGGGCUACUUCUUCCUGGGCCAGUGGGCCUGCGUGGUGGAGGGCUUCGCCGUCACCUUCUUCGGGAUCGUGGCCCUUUGGUCGCUGGCUGUUCUCUCCUUCGAACGCUUCUUCGUCAUCUGCCGGCCUCUGGGAAACAUCAGGCUGCAGACGAAGCACGCCGUCCUGGGCCUGAUCUUUGUCUGGACCUUCUCCUUCAUCUGGACCUUCCCUCCGGUGCUGGGCUGGAACAGAUACACCGUCAGCAAAAUCGGAACCACCUGUGAGCCCGACUGGUAUUCCACCAACAUCACAGAUCACAGCUACAUCAUCACGUUCUUUGUCACCUGCUUCAUCCUGCCGCUCGGCGUGAUCUUCUUCUGCUACGGGAGACUGCUGCGGAAGCUCAGGAAGGUUUCUCACGGCCGCCUGGCCACAGCCAGGAAACCCGAGCGACAGGUGACCCGCAUGGUGGUGGUGAUGAUCGUGGCCUUCAUGGUGGGCUGGACGCCCUACGCAGCCUUCUCCAUCCUGGUCACGGCUCAUCCCACCAUCCAGCUGGACCCUCGGCUGGCUUCCAUUCCUGCCUUCUUCUCCAAGACGGCUGCAGUCUACAAUCCAAUCAUCUACGUCUUCAUGAACAAGCAGUUCAGGAAGUGCCUCAUCCAGCUCUUCACCGGCAUGGGCUCCAUCCCCGAGAGCAACAUGAACCAGACGUCCGAACGGCCGGGACUCACAGCCGAGAGUCAAACCGGAGAGAUGUCCGCCAUCGCGGCUCGCAUCCCGGUGGGCGGCACGGCCUCACCGCGCUCGGACGAGUCGCCAACAGACUGCGGCGGCUCCUUUGCUACGCUGCCCAUCCCGGAAAACAAAGUGUGCCCGAUGUAACCGCCUCAGUCAGAACUCUGUGGAGAGAGUGGAGGAGGAAGGUGCCUCACGAAGGGUGGAGCUUCCACAAAAGGAGAGCGAGCACAAUGGGCGUGAGUUGUACAGACUGUAAGCAGCACCUGGCGUGAUGUAAAUAUUUGCUUGUGCACCUAAAUCAGCUUGAUUCUGCGACCUACAUAACGCCACCUAGAAAAAGUUAGAUGAGGGCCAGUGAUCCAUUAGUGAGUACUUCUUGGAUAGCCUUUUAUCUUGCCUUCGCCUUUGAAGUCCAGCUGAGGAGAGAGCAUUGUUUUUUUGUUUUUUCCAGGUCUUUGUUUUGACAGCUUCAGUCAUCCCUGCGCGUCAGAAGGAGAACUCUUCUGAAUUCCGAUCUUCUCUUUCCCCAUGCAGACUUGUCUAGGUCUAGUCUUUCAUCUUGACUGGAGACGGUCAAUUGUACUCUGAGAUGCGAGUCUCCUAUCGCCGCCGCUGCUGAUACAGGAGGACAGUUAUUCAUGAAGGGCCAGCGGGGGGUCGGCAAACAAACACACUCACGCACAUGCAUGAAACAUGGCGUCGACACGAGGCACGUCUGAGGAGCGCCGAAGUUCCGGCUGACGUUCAGAAGCAAUGGCGAUUCGUCCUCAUGAGCACAAGUCUACAGCAAUAUUCUUUAGUCAUGCUUGACCGCGUCGGCUUGAGCACAUGUAGCUGUGAGUGUUAGAAUGUCUUUGAACCUGUUGUGCAUGUUUGUUUGCUAUUGCUGGGUGUUUGUCAGACAUCAUUGUGUUCUGCUGCACAGUUGUUCAGUUUUAAAAGUGACAGUAAAGUGUUCGCUGUGUGACGGUCGUGUUAACAGUAAGUGUCCACGAAGGCUUCCCGCUAGUCAAGUUUAACCCUCCGCAGCCCCCGAACUAUAGUGUCAAAGCACCACAUACAGAAAUGUUUUUUUUUUUCUUUCAUGACUCUCUAGUCACUAAGCCCCCAGUGGAGCCAUUUUUGCUGUAGAAAAAUAAAUACUCAGCAUACAGGAACAUCGACAACAAAAUUUGCUACACUACUACUAUUACUACAACUAAUAAUAAUAAUAAUACAUUCAUGAAUAACUGUCACUAUGGGUGCGCCAUUUUUUGAGCUAAAACACCUGCCCUCUCAAAAUGCCUGUGCAAGUGCCUGUUGUUGAGUGAAGUCCCUUAAGGUUAAUGCCAUGAUCACUGUUGUGACACUUUUUCAUGAGCACUUUUUGCUUUACAUGCUAAUGUGUUAGGCAGCGACAAGUUAAGUACAUUGCUUCUUUGUUAAACCUGUCACAGAGUGCAGAAUUCUUGCUCCAGCUGGUCACCUAGCGCAGGGAAAACCUGCGUACAGACUUCGGAAUGAGCAAGUCGAACCCUUGAUUCUUCCUGCUUCUCCGUAUUUCUGUCCCACCGUUGAUGCCAUGCAUGAGGGAGACUUGCCGUCCCAACCUGGGCUCGGUCGUCUUCGGUAAUGGCGCUACACAGCGACCUCCACACCAACUUAACUUUGCAAGCUUCACUCGCAAGUUUCCGAACAAACUCAGAGGUGACAUCACUUUUUUCUUGUCUGUUUUCUUUGGAUUGGCGGGACACCAUCUAUACAAAUAUAGUUACCACCACCAUGGAAAAAGCAACAAACUAACCCGAAGCACAGCUCUUUGUGGUUUUCAUUUCAUUGUAAAAUAAUUCACACGCAGCGUUUUUUAGUUGCUGUGUGAACCCGGAACUGAGUAGCGAAGUAGCGUAGUCCAGCUAACAGAAAUUCAAACUUCUCUGAAACUGUCGAAGCAUUUUAAAAGUGAAGUCUUAGCUGCACUAAUUCAGUUUUCUGGCCAGUCAGGGUCACAGCUGAACUUCUCUGUGGACAUUUAGCAAAACAAACAAUGUUUGUCACCUCUAUGGUAGUGAUGGGUCGAUGAGGUAUCAUGAAACAGUAUUAGAGGGUUGAUGAAACAGUGUCCUAAUAUUCAGAGGCCACUAGAUGGCGCUCUCUGUUUAGAAAUGAUGUGAGGUUUCAUUGAAUUUGUUGUUCAAUCCUAACAUUAUACAGUGCCAUCUGGUGGCCUCUGUUUCAUGAAGCCUCACCUACCCUUCAAUACUGUGUCAUGAAACCUCAUGAACCCAUCACUACUCUAUGGUGCAACUGGUAGAAAUUAGCAUUGCAGCAGCUACAGUAUGUGAACAGACAGUGCAUUUCGCCUUAAAAAGAAAACAAACCUUUAAAAUAAAUCCAGCAUCUGGAUACUAAAGCACAAAGAAAGUUUUUCGUAUUCUAACACUGUUCUUGCACCUCGACACCUGAUGGUUGUCACAGUUAAGUUGCUACUGGGGUGUGACAGAAUAAGGCCACGUGGAUCCACAUGAGAGCAGAGUCAGGUCCCACUCCCAAACAGAGACUCUUUGGUGGAUGAUUUCGGCAUCAACACUGGACGCUAAAAUUGACCACCUGAAAAGAGCUGCCAUUUGACAUCUUGCGAGAGAGGGUGUGUGGGUCAAUAUUUGCCUUUCAGCCUCACAAACACAACUUUUUGAAACCUAGUCCAACGCGCUGAUGCCAUAGCCCUGACCUCAGUCUUUCACCUAGAUAGUAGUCACCUCAACAUGUUCGCAGACGACAGAGCGGAGCUUGUUCUGCAACAUCUUUUGAGCUCACUGGGAAUAUUGAGAAAAUGUUGAGAAGCCCGACACAGACCCGCCCAGAGUUCAGUGGGCGAGCCACCACAGACCUGCCCACACUUUUGCCCAGACUUUCUAAAGUCGUCGUCCAUUUGUUGUCAAGUGUGACACAACAACCGCUCAUCCUGGAUGUCGUUUUGAAAUGCGUGUUGUUCUUAUUUUGUGUGGCCACACCUUCCGCGCAGCCCAGAAGAGCUGGAUAUGUAGAGUGAACCGUGCAGCCAGUCGACAACAAUACAGCUCCAAAACCACACGGUCUCCUAACUGAAUUACCGAUGAAUGUUCGAGAGAUACACAAGUUUGGUGUCUAUGUAAUUUUGCACACACACUUGCAUUUGCACUUCAAAGGAGCUUGGUGCAAUGUAGCGGUCAAUCUUCACAGUGUUGCGCGGAUGUCGACCUUUCGGCCCUCUGGUUGCGUCAUUCACCCUCACAAACACGCGUCAGUGUGAGUACAGUAGACGUGUUCUGGAGGUGGUAAACUCACCUUGAGGACCUGACAGGCUAUAAAUCAGGCACGUCUGCCGGGGCUCCAUGUUGGUGCAAGGAUUACAGAUCGCAUGCUGGUGACGCGACGGAACACGUCGCACGUGUACAGCCGGCCUGAAGCUUCCGUCCCGAAUAUCAAUGUGUGUUGUGUUUUUAACAGCAUGUGCAUUCUGUGUCACGAGUGCUGUCGUCUUGCCUCUUCGGUUCACUGGUCACAUGCAUGUUUGGAAACAGUCUGUAUUAAAGUUUAUUUUUCAAAGCGUUUUGUUUGUUUUCAUUGAGUGGUUCCGUCAGCGGAAACAUGCAGAUCGAGAUAUUUGGAGAA